CUUGUAAAAGUCAUAUUUCCGCACUCAUGCUAGUUACUGAAUAUCUGUUCAUAGUGCUACAUUCUAUUCCAUGUCCUACAAUGAUUCUAACGCGGAUGGCCUAUUGAUUCAGCAGUCCAAAUCUUCAGCUGAAAUAAAAAGAAUCUACGUUACUAAACCCAAUUCAUGAAUUAACAUCAAACGCAUACACUUCCACGCUGAUAAAUCCAGAAAAUAAAAUGUCUCAAUACGAAAAACAAAACGUUCACACAAUCAAUAUUGAUUUUCAAAAAGUAAAAUGUACUUUCAGUCGAUUUACAGGUUUCCGAAGUGAAAGGAAGCAAAUUUUGCACGGCGUGAGUGGUUUAUUCAAAUCUGGAGAAUUAACAGCAGUUAUGGGUCCAUCUGGUUCCGGUAAAACCACAUUGCUCAACACCUUGACCGGUUUCCAAAAAAAUUUCGAAGGCAAGAUCACCUACCGCACCGAAAGCGAUGAGCUAAGUUGGCAAAGCUUCAAAAAGUACUCUCGAUAUAUUCAACAAGAAGAUGCCCUUCACGCAUUUUUCACUGUCCAGGAAACAAUGUCUUUCGCAGCAGAACUUAAGAUGGACAGCCAUCUGGAUCGCAGGGAGAAACAGAAAAUAAUGGAUGAAAUAUUAAAUUCUUUGGGUCUGAUAAAGACCAAAGAGACACUUUGCGGUAAUCUAAGUGGGGGGCAAAGAAAGAGAUUUAGUAUAGCUCUAGAGCUGAUCAAUAAUCCUCUAGUACUUUUCUUGGAUGAACCAACAACUGGAUUGGAUAUUGUAGCGGCGAUGCAGUGUGCAAUCGUUUUGAAAAAUUUAGCAAAGAAGAAUAGAACUAUAGUAUGUACUAUUCAUCAGCCUAGCACUGCUAUUUAUGAAUUGUUUGACCAUGUCUAUCUAAUCGCGGAAGGUCGUUCCGUCUACCAAGGAGAUCCUAUGCAGAUAGCGAGCUUCUUUGGGAGUGUUGGCCUCACCUGUCCUAAAUAUCACAAUAUUGCAGACUACGCGAUGGAGGUAAGAUUGCGUUCAUUUCUUCAACAGGUGAUGUCUAAUGAACAUGGAAAAUUCAACAAACGAUUGGCGGCUGCACAGUACUCUUCUUGGAGGAAGAAAGAUGUGGAGAUUAUACAAGAAGAAAAAAUGAAAACUUUCAUCGUGAAUUCGCCUUCUGAAUUUAGAAAGGCAGUGCUUAUUUCCAAGUUCUGUCUGAUGAGGUACUACAAAGAUUGGCUUGGAACAUUACUCAAAUUUUUAAUUUAUACAACCACAGCCAUAUUUGUAGGACUGACGUAUUUUGACAUUGGCAUGAAUGCUUUUAAAGUUCAAAGUAAUAUUGGAAUGAUGGUAUUUGUCUCUAUAAGUCUCUUUUUUGUUAGCAUAAUGCCCGCUGUUUUGAAAUUUCCCUUUGAGCUGCACAUUCUUAGGAAAGAGCACUUAAACGGCUGGUACAAAAUCAGGACCUAUUUUUUCUGCUUUCUUAUAAUUCAUCUACAUGUACAGCUUUUAUUUAUCACCUAUUCUGUAGGUAUUGUAUAUAUCAUGACUAGUCAGCCACUAGAAUGGUAUAGGUUUUUCAUGUUUGAAAUUAUGUUAGUUUUGAUUUGCUUCAUUGGCGAAGGUAUAGGUCUAAUUUGUGGUACUAUGCUUUCUCCACUUGCUGGAACUUUUGCAGGAAUUGUAGUUGGUGUAAUAAACGUUCCUUUUUGUGGUUAUUUUAUAUUAUUUCCUCAUAUGAGUUGGCUUAUGUACCAUGUUAGUAAACUCAUGUUCUCAGGGUAUUGUUUAGAAGGCUUACUGCAUGCUAUUUAUGGGUUCAACCGUGAAAAACUUGACUGUCCUAGCGAUCAAGAUAUCUGCUUUUAUCGCUAUCCGAAAGUCUUACUACUUGUAGCUGGGGUUAAGGAAGAGCAAGUGCUUCUAGACACCGCGAUUUUAACCGGUCAUGCCAUGAUUUUAUUCAUUCUUGCAUAUAUUUGUCUGAAAAUGAAGUUAUCGUCGAUUUAACUUUUUUGCUUCAAACCGCGAAAAUAUUCCGCGAAAUAUUUCAGUCAUUUUUUGAUUCUAUAACAUUGCUUUUUAAGUUGGCAAAUUGUCGUACAUCAACCAAAAUAUUGGAAAACACUGACAUGCAUGCAGGCUAACAUCAUAUACGCCGUUGCAAAAGUUGCUUACAGUGGGCAUAUCGAUACAAGACCGAGGCAACCAAUGAACGUUGCUGGAUAAAAAUAUAUUGACGACUCGGGACAGAGAUGGAAGCCACUCCAGAUCGAAAAUUAUUGAAAGUGUACAUUUCAAGAUUCUAAUUUAAGGAAUAUUCACGUUUUUCUAUGUUAGGGUAAAAAUUAUUAUUUUCGGAUUUAAGUGGCGGCUGACACUGGGACUUUUAGUGAAUCUAUUUUUACUAUACUCAUAUCCAGAAGUUUUUUCCAGUUUUUUUGCCGGUUUUUUCCUGAUUGGCAAACAUUUUUUACAGUCAAUAAAAUUAUAAAAGUCGAACUCUAAGCCUAAAUAUUUUUACAUUUUCAUUAAUAAAAAAUGACUAAAGAUAUUAAAUCACCCAAAAUGGUACUCUAGAAUCUUGAAAUUGAAGUUUCAAAGUUUUUUUUCUUCAAAAAUGUUGUAUUAAAUUGAUCAAAAAUUGACAGGGAAAAAUGGAAGGUACUGACGUUUUCAAUUGAACAAUUUAAAAUUAAAUGCAGAUAAACUGCAAAAUUUAGAAUUUUUAACUUUUAAAAACUAAUGAGUUUAAAGAUUUAGAUUCA